AGCACCCUGUUCACAUUACAACUAACCCUAGAUCUCAGAUUUAGGUAAGCGGCUGGAGUUUUGCGCAUGCGCAGAAGACUGGCCGCUCUCUCCUGCAGGAGAUGCAGCGUGAGCUGGGCUCAGGGUGAUGGGAGACAACAGGAGGACAAACAUCACUCUCCACCUUCGGAUAGCACAGAUGUGAAGAUGGCGUCAUGCCCGGAGUUGUGUGGCUCGGAGUAUGGGGAUGGAGGCCCGCAGCGCUACGGUGUUCGGUCCUACCUGCACCAGUUCUACGAGGACUGCACCUCUUCCAUCUGGGAGCGCCACCAUGAUGAGUUCCAGAUGCAGAGAUCGCCUAGCCGGUGGAGCUCGGUCCUCUGGAAGGUGUGUGUGGCGGUUGGAGCGGUGAUCUUGGUUUCAGGUUUGUCAGUGCUGCUCGUCGGUUAUGCCACACCCCCUCGUCUGGAGGCAUUUGGAGAGGAUGAGUUGCUGUUCGUGGACGGACGAGCCAUGCGCUUUAAUCGUGCCUUAGACGCCUGCAAACUGGGUGGUGCCGUGCUCUUCUGUGUAGGUGGGGCCGGUGUGGCAGCUGGUCUCCUUUUAUUGGCAGUCUGUGGGCAGGGUGGAGCCAAAGAUGAGCUCCAGCUACAGCGACGUUUUAAAGAGCGACUAGCAGAGAUCCAGGCAUCUGUUCCUAACCCUGGAGAUGCCAAGGUUCCCGUCACGCUGUCCAAAGUGCAGAACAUCCAGCCUGGUGCUGAACCCUGACCUCCACCCACAAAAAGUAUAAACUCAACAAGGCUUAUUAUUAUAUAAAAAUAAAUAAAUAUGUUUCAUUUGUAGAGCAGCACACAUCAUGCCUAAGAAUUCUCUACCAGUCACAAACACGUACAGUUUUACCUCCUGGUUCUUCUUAGCGGAUUGUUUUGCUGAUAAUAAUAUAUAAUCUGAAAAUGACCUUAAAUAAUGAAAACUUUGACAUGAUUAAGUAAUUGUGCAUUUUGAAUACAGCAAUGUGUAAAAAAAAACAACGAUAAUAGGCUCAUACCCACAUAUCUUGUUAUUUAGAUAUAUUGAAGCUAAGUGAAGUUGAUAAGUGUCAUGAAAGGAACAAAUUAGCUUACUAUAGGAAUCUAUUAGCAGCUGAUAAUCAUUGCUGGAACACAGUGACUUAUAUUUGUCUGCUAAAUGAGAAACUCCUUCUAAGACAUUUGAUGUAGGUUUAAACUAAGGGUUUUUCACAAAACAAGGCUUAUAAAAUUUUGUUUUUAAAAUAUAUAUGACAAAGUGACAUUUUCUUUUGUAAGAAACUAAUACAUAGUUUUUCUGGGAACAAAGUUGAUAUGAAGCCAAUCAUGUAACAUAACAAACAACCAAUUCACACAGAAUAUUUAAAUACUAAUUUUCUGGACAGGCAAUGCCUACGAUAAACAAACACGUGUCGUGCUGCUUGCUAGCAUGAAUGUUUGCAUACCUUGGGUCCAGCUACAAAUGCUAAUCAUUUUAAAAGUUUUUUUUAAUUGUUCUUGUUUUUUCCACAGAGACAGACUUUGCUCCUGGAGUAAUUUUUGUUUUGAAAUGAAAUACUCUUCAUUUUUGUCAUAACCAUAACUAUAUCAUUAGAAUUGUUUUCUUUUUCUUAAUAUAUCAUCCACAAAAAUCAGCUAAUUAUUAUACCUCCAUAAAUAAAGAAAUAAAUGCUAAAAAAUACCGAAAUUAAUGUGGGUUAGUUUCCAUAGAUAUCACUGCAGUAAGCUGCACAUAUACUAACAUUGUUAGAAAUGCUAAUUAUGUAUGCUAGUUUUAAAAUCCAGUGAGGUCAAUUUUGUUUAUUCAUCACUUUUUUUGUUUGUUUAUUUUUGGUAUUUUCUAUAAAUCAAACUUCUAAAUGAUGCCAAAUUUUUACCUCCAAGAAAAAUUAUCAUUUAAAGAUAUAUUGGCCAUUUGUAAUCAAUUUGUUUGCUUUACUUUUUAAAUCUGUGGUAUUUUUCUUUUGCAGGGUGGCACUAAGGAGCCAAAUCCAACAUCUUUAUUGGUCAAAAUGCCUUUAAAUAUGUUUUGUCCGAAUUUAGAGCCUGUCUAUGUGCUUUGUUAUUGAUUUGUGCGAAUCACUUUAGUUACUUACGUUAUUGGUUUUUUUGUUUGUUUUUUGCAUUCUCAUGUACAACAAUGUCACAUAUGGAAAAGACAGGUCUGUUAAACGGUGGAUGUUCUGAGUGUACCAUAUUGGUAAAAAUAAUAAAAGCCAGGUCUACAUUUA